AUGGCUGUCCCAACCCAAGAAACCAUAGAGGUCGACGAGACGCUACGUGAGACCGACUCGGCAUACCACAGCGAUCUUCGAAGCUACACCACCUCAAUAGCGUCGAGUGUCGAGGCAUACCCGUGGCUCCACGGCCGCCGCUUCCACGCCUACAAAGAAGGGAGCUACCAAUUCCCAAACGACGAAAAGGAACAGGACCGCCUGGACCUCGUGCACGCGCUGCACUCGAUCAUCAAGGACGACAAGCUCUUCUUUGCGCCUCUCACCGCCAACUCGCUCAAACGCGUCCUAGACGUCGGCACCGGCACCGGCCUGUGGGCCAUCUGUGUGGGCGAGGAAUUCCCGAACGCUACGGUCGUGGGCAACGACUUCAGCCCCAUCCAGCCCCGCUGGGUCCCGCCCAAUGUUUUGUUUGAGGUCGACGAUGUCGAAGCGGAGUGGCCGGGAGCCUCGGUCCGCGAGCCGUUCGAUCUCAUCCACGUCAGGUACAUGGCCGGCAGCAUUCAAGAUUGGCCGCAAUUGCUGAGGAACUGCUACGAUGGUUUGGCGCCGGGUGGGUGGGUUGAAUGCUCCGAUUGGGACCUUCUGCCGUAUUCGACCGAUGCGUCGAUGCCGGAGGACGAUGCCGUCUUGAGGCUGCAUCAGUAUCUGGUCGAGGCUACGGAUAAGCUCGGACGGACUGUGCGGCCUGGGCCGAAUCUCGAAGAGUGGGUGAAGGAUGCGGGGUUCGUGAACGUGAAGCAUGAGUUGAGAGUCGUGCCUUUUGGCAUGUGGGCGAAGAAUGAGAAACAUAAAAAAGCGGGCGCGGUCAAUCAGAUGCAGUUCAUGGAAGGCAUGGAAGCAUUCACGAUUGGUCUGUUCACCCGUACGCUGGGUUGGACGGCAGACGAAGUGAGAGUUUUUCUGGAAGAGGUCAAGAAAGAUGCGCUCAAGAAAGACAGGCAUAGACAAUUCAACUUUCACAUUGUGUACGCUCAAAGACCACAAGAGUGA